CAUAUUAAAUACGAAAGGCUUAUACUUUAUUUAUUUAUAUGAUAAAUGAGACUAAAUGUAUUAGCAAUAGACGUGCGAAGAGAAAUAUUACCAUGGCAUGUGUACUUCAAGUAAAUCUACAACAAAUCAUUGUGAGAAUGAGCUUACCACGUGGUUGUCGCGUCUUCAUAUGAAACAAUGAAAGCUCUCUUCAUUGUUGUUGUAACAUGGCUGGCAUUAGUGAAAAUCUCUUUGUCAUUAUGUUAUGCUUUUUAAAGAUAAACUCAGGAAAUUCAAUGCUAAUAUUCUCGUAUUUUCAUACCACAUAUGAAAUUUGAUUUUCGUUAUUUCUAUACGAAAUCGAGAAAUGCUUUUGUAAUAUUGAAAAAGUAUGAACGUCAUAGGAAGUAGUCGAACACUAUUUUUACCAUUCGAGAUAAAUUUUGCAAAAUCUUUUCUUGCGUAAUGCAAGUUUCUGUGGCGUUACCUUGGAGAGUCUACUCAGAGAGUUGCCCAACAUUAUAACGAUUCCCGUACGGCAUAAGUCGAACGUGUCCCGAUCUUCCGAUACUCAAGUGUAUUCAAGUAUAUUAAUCUCAUUAAUCUCGAGUGCUGUCAUUGUGUAACCCUGGCCUUUCCUUAUAAAGCGGAUGGGUGUUUGGAAAAGCCGUUAUUAUUCACAAUUACCUCACGAAAGCGCAUAUUAGACAUUCAUCAGUUGAAAACGUAUUAGUUCCAUUUCAUGUUGUGAAAUUCUCAAAUGGAUAAGUUAAAAGAAUUAAGUUUGACCGAUUGUGACGAAGAGUUGUGUUGGAAACGAGACUCAGUAAAACAAGGAUUUGCUGUGAAAUUUCAACGCGGCCUCUUGAAAGCACCCAAAAUGCAAUAUUUCGUUUUGACAGCUGAUGGCUUAUGGACAUUCGAGGGUAAACCGAAUCGCUUCGCAAAACCACUCUCGUUUCUACCGUUUCAGCAGUUAUCCUCGAUAAAACUUCCCAAAGAUGAUGUGAACAACUCUAAACUUUCAUGCAUGCAACUGACCAGUAAGAAUAAUUCUACUUUUACUCUUGGCUUUUAUCGCAAGGAAGAUAGAGACAAGUGGAUGUGUGGAAUGAUGGAAUUAUUCUCACAGUCAUUGUUGACCACACAUGUUUUUGACCGGACUUCCAAAUGCUGGGACGAGAUUAAACAUGACAAUCUAAAUGAUUAUGUUAUCCCAAAGAAAGAUAAACUUGCAACUGAACAUUGCAAAGGUAAAACCCUCAGGAACUUCCAACCCGCAAGUCUCAGUGUUCAUGACAAAUUAUCUGUUACUGGAGACUGCAGUCAGCUAGAACAGCUGGAUUUCAAUAUGUCUGGAAAAGAAUUGGUCGAGCGCACAACAAGCUCCGGGAGUAAUAGUAGUGGACAAAAUUUGAGACUUAAACGAAGAAAGGACGAUAAGGGAAGCAUAAAGAAGUCAAAAUCGUAUGAUUCUCUCGCUCUGCAUGAUUUAACAAACAACAGAUGUGUUUUCUCAUCAGACGACUCAACUUUGUUGAGGUGCUCAAAAGACCAAACACAAAGCAUUUUGUCAGCAGACACUAGUAAACGAAAGUCUGUGCCCAAUAUCAACGUCAUUUCGAAUUUUCCAAGCGCUUGGCUCGCGAAGAGCAAAGAACAACUUUUUGGCAAUUCUUGUGAUUUUGAGCACAGAGAUUCACUUGUUGUGAAAGCGAAAGCAUUAUUUAGGAAUAAGACUGACUCCAAGAACAAGACCACACUCUUCUCGAAAAUUCGUUCGAGGUUUGAACACGCGACCAAAUACGUACAUUAACAAUAUACGACUAUAUCAAGUCCUUUUCAAUAGCGUAUUUGUUGAUCAACAUGUUAAUUAGAAAAUAUGACAGAAAGAGUUUUGCGCGCUAUCUCUUUCUUGAAUUGUCUGCAUGUGAGAAAGAUCGCGUUUUAAAUUAACUGGGAAAAUGGAACAGUUGUCUUAGCACUUUUACUGAAGCAUUCUGACGAUAUAAUGAAUGAAUCAAUGACCAGUGCUAUGACGUGCAAACAAAAAAGCCAUGCAGAGGUUUCAAGCAAACCGUAAUUUUCGCAGACAUUUAUUGGCACACCGGACGACGAAUCAAUACGUAAUUCAGAGAGCAAAGAUCAUCGUGAUACUGUGGAAGACGAGUACAAAUUACAACCUAAUGCAUCAAGAGUCUAAGUUAAACUUAAAGAAUUCCAUGAAAUUGUGGCUUGCCGUUUGUUCUCGUAACCUAGCCAUGAGAAAUGUUUCAUCAAAGUUGACAUGGGAAAUGUCUCCAGCUGCUACAUGAAUGUACAUGCUUUUAUAAAUAACAUUUUCAUACAAUAAACCAAUGUAUUAUCUUUGGGAUUCUGAUGUUAAUGCAUUGAACGAAAAUUGCUCUGUGAAGUACAACUGCUUCUUUCAGUCGAUGAAGUAAUAUUCUAAUUAUAGUAUAGCAAGGAGUCACUUCAUUAUUGACUACUUGUGCGUAGCUAUGCAUAUGUAUACAGUUCCCUUUAUCUGAAAAGUAGGAACUUUUUUUCUCUGGCACAUGGCAAUCCGUAUGUAAUAUCCAUUCACUUUCCUAAUGUCAGAUUGUAGUAGAUGGCGUCCAGUCGUUAAUUUAUGUUAGUAACUGAUGCCUUUUAGAUUUAAUAGCACCUGUAUCACCUUAUCUUUUGUGACGUGUUUCGAAAUGAAAUUCCUUUCAGCACGUUUCACUGUCGUCAUUAAAUUACACUAAAGAAUAGUUACA